AUGGCCAAAGAAUUAAAAGCGACAAUUACUCAGAGUCUGGAGCGUCCUGUUUGUCUGACUACAUUCACUGAUCCAAAGAUCCUGUCUUGUUCCCACACCUACUGCAAGGUCUGUCUGGAAAGGCUCUUGGAAUCCCAUGGUGACGAUCAGAUGAUCCGAUGCCCUGUCUGCAGAGAUUAUACCCAGGUCCCAAACCAAGAUGUCUGCAAACUACCAGCAAGCCUAGCUUUCAGGAAUCUUAUAGAGGACGUGAAAAAUCAACAUCAGAUUUGCACGAAUUGUGAUUCCGAGGAUAAGUCCAAAGCUGCUGUCUACUGCCAAGACUGUGGCGAAUAUCUGUGUGCUACUUGCCACAAUAUGCACUCUCAGUGGAAAAACUUCGUCGAUCAUGAGAUCAUAGCCAUGAAUGAGAUCUCAUCAGGAAAAGUGUCAAUACGUAGAUACCGGAAAUGCAGGAAACAUCCGAAAGAAGACGAAGAAUGUUUCUGUUCUAACUGUAGGAGAUUCACAUGCUUCAGGUGUGUUAUUAUGGAACAUAAAGAUCAAGGACACCAGGUCAUUGAGUCAGCUGUUUAUGAAAGUCAUCACACGAAGACCAUCGAAGAGCUUAAAUCCAAGGUGGAGAAGAAACAAUCUUGCUUUCAGAAUUACAUCGAUUUCAUCGAUAAAGAGCAGAAGUGUGUGGAUGAUGCUAUGAAGCAUUGCGCAGAUGACAUCGUCAAAGCAUAUGAUGAAGCAGUUCAGCAGUUGACAGAGAAUAGAGAAAUCCUACUUGGUGAAGUCAAGGGAAAGACUGAAAGAGUAGAGGAAGCCCUGGGAGAGAUGAAGAAAUCAGCUCAGCAGCGCAUCAAUCAGUUGACGACCAUUGCUGAGAUGGUAACCAAUAGGAGAAAUGCACCAGUAGACAUGGACACUUUGGCUGUGUAUGACACUUUAUGUGAAGACCUACAAGAGGCCUUAAAUCAGGAAAAUCCUGAUUAUGAGCAGCCGAAUAAAACAUGCAUGAAGGCGAAAAAUUCCAGUUUUGAGAGAAAUAGCGGAAAGAACGAGUUAGGUCUUGGUAAAAUUGUUAAUGUAGUUGUAAAGAGCAUUGCUUUGCCUAUUAAGAAUAGAAUGAAUGCCAUGAUAAACACACCAGAUGGUAGGAUGGCAGUAGUAUAUGGGAGAGGAUAUGGCGUGAACAUCUUCUCUGCUGCUGGUUGUCUCCAGCAGACAGUCCUCAAGGAUAUUCAUAUUCUUGCAUUAGGUUUCCUCUCUGAUGGUCGAUGUGCUGUAACUGAUAGUUCAAACACUUUAGCACUGUACACACCAGAGUUCACAAAGUUGGAUGUGAUGUUUGAGACUCUGAAUUGGAAUGAAGGUGGGUUUGCUAACCUCACUAUUGAUAGUUAUAAUCUGAUAUAUGUGAGCUACAUGAGAGCCAAGAAGAUCCUGGUGUUCUUAUCAGCAGGUGGGAAGGCAAUCAAGGAGAUACCAUGCCACGGAUAUGAACCUUUCCGAAUCACUUCUUACAGUGAUUCACUAAUCAUUUGGACAGGUAAUAUUCUACUAUUGAUAGACAAAGAAGGUAAAGUAAAGCAUGCAUUGAGGAAACAAGGUAAUAAUUCCCCCUUCGCUGCAGUGUCUCAAAGCAAUACAAUCCUGAUAGCCAUGUUGAACCACAAUAAAGGUUUGGUGAGUAUUGCGGAGUACACUGACGAGCUGAAGCACGUUCGGGACCUCGUUAAUGAGUACAAGAUUGAGAAGCCUGAGAGAGGUUGGUGUUAUCUCCAGCAGUACCGAUCAGGAGAGAUCGCCUUCUGCACUCGUCAUAACCUCUAUAUCAUACACGGAUCCAGGGGAGGAAUGGUAGGCUCGUGGGGCCCGGGUACCCCCUAUUGGCGGAGCAAAAAGAAGGUAAAAGCGAGGGGGAAAGAAGGGAAAAGAGAGGAGAAAAAAAAGAACGGGAAACGUAAGAGGAUGAAGACGAGUGAGUAAAAUAAGAUGAAAUAAGACUUUGAAAAUAAUUUCAAACAUCUUAUGUCACAGUACAGUAUAAAAUUCCGCUUGCGCUUCACGCUCGCAUUGUCUUUUAGGUGAUUCAUAUAUCUUGGUAAAAUUGGAGCUUAAAUAUCAAAUUUCGAAGUCGAUAUACAAAACGUACUUCAGCUCGGAUAUAGGCACUUUCAUUAUUUUGUUUGAUUUACA